CAAAAGGAGCGACGUGUCUCCAAAGACAAAUAGUCCGUCGUUGGAGCUUCCAGUACAACGUUCCUGCCACCGGCAUUUCCGCUGUCCGGACUUACAGCACACAGACGGCGGAGAACAAGGAAGAAGAACCCCUGCACACCAUCAUCAGCAACACAGAGAACGUGAAAGGUGCAGCCUCUAAACAUGAGUUUCAGGCUGAAACAAAGAAACUGCUGGACAUCGUUGCCUGUUCCUUGUACUCGGAGAAGGAGGUAUUUAUUCGGGAGCUGAUCUCCAAUGGCAGCGAUGCGCUGGAGAAGCUGCGUCAUCGGCUGAUGGCAGAGGGAAAGGCCUUGCCAGAGAUGGAGAUCCAUCUGCAGACAGACAGCGGAAAGGGGACCAUCACGAUCCAGGACACAGGUAUUGGGAUGACCCAGGAGGAGCUGGUUUCUAACCUUGGUACCAUUGCUCGAUCAGGCUCAAAGGCUUUUCUAGAUGCGCUGCAGAGCCAGGCUGACGCCAGUAGUAAAAUCAUUGGUCAGUUUGGAGUAGGGUUCUACUCGGCUUUCAUGGUGGCUGAUAAAGUGGAGGUGUUCUCACAGUCUGCAGAGCUGGGGAGCCCGGGCUACCACUGGUCUUCAGAUGGUUCAGGAAUGUUUGAGAUUGCAGAAGCAUCUGGUGUCAGAACUGGGACUAAGAUUAUUAUACACCUCAAAGAAGACUGCAAGGAGUUUGCAAAUGAAGACCGGGUCAAGGAGGUGGUGACAAAAUACAGCAACUUCAUCAGCUUCCCACUGUAUCUCAAUGGGAGAAGAAUUAACACACUACAG